AUGCAAGCCGGGGAGCAGCCCAUCGAAGGCGGGGUGGUCACAGAAGUUCCAGACCAGGCCCUGGGGGCCAUUGAUACUCGGGGUGUCUGGCUGAACCCCGGCAGCGCCCACCUGGCCCCAUCACUGCACCUGCAGCAGCACAUCGCUUCCCCUGAAGCAGUGCUUCUGUGUCCCACGGGCAGCCACAUGGGUCUCCAGGCCACGGUCCUUAUACUGUCUUUGAUCCUGGAGCCAGAGUUCCUCCUGACCCAGGAGCAACUGGCUCAGGAGACCCAGAGAGUGAGUCCCCAGACGAGGCGAGGAGCUGAGGACAUCCUCGUUAUGCACCUGGAGGACUACUUAGAUCUCAUCGCUUGUGCUGGGAAGAUACACUGCGAUCCGCCAACCAGGGAACCAGUCUCCAGCUCUAGUCUAAAUGUGAAGUUCAACCCAAGGACAAUGGCGUUAACUUGGGACUGCAAAGAAAAUGCCACUGACAUCCAGUGUUUGAUGAUUCACAAGGAAAAAGGACGAAUUAUCAAAAAGCAACUGUGAAAUGAAGAAUGCUCGUGUGCGUUUCAGGAGUUUUCUCUGCACGGAGGAGUCACACUCGAGGUUUGCAUUAGUACCAGUCAAAGACUGUUUCAAGAAAAACUGCUCUUUACUAACCCAGGUGGGGCGGGCACAGCGGCCUGGAACUUCUCCUGUGUUAUCUACGAUGCGGAUUUCAUGAACUGCACCUGGGUGAAGGGCCCAGCAGCCCCCCGUGACGUCCAGUAUUUUUUGUACAUGCAAAACUCAAAGAAGACGGAAAGGGAAAGAGAGUGUCCUCAUUACAUACAGGACUCGGGGACCCACGUGGGAUGCCACAUGGAAGACCUCUCGGGCCUACCUUUCCGAAAUUACUUCCUGGUUAAUGGAACCAGCCAAGGAACAGGAAUCCAAUUCUUCGAUACCAUUUUGUCGAUAAAGGAGAUAGAACGAUUCAGCCCGCCGGCCAAUGUCACCGUCCACUGCAACACGUCACACUGCCUCAUCUGGUGGGAACAGCCAAGGACCUACAAACACAGGUCCUCUAAGGAGUUCCAGUACCAACUGGACAUCCAGAGACAGAUUGUUGUUUCGGGUGAUUUUGAAAAUAAAUACAGCUUUCCAAGCCGGGAGCCCAGAGCUAAACACGCUGUGAAAAUCAGAGCUGCCGAUGCCCGGAUUCCGCACUGGAGCGCCUGGAGCCAGCCCGUGGAGUUUGGCUCUGAAGCACAAGAAUCCAGCUAUGUGCACGUCUCUGUGCUAGUCGUCCUGGGGAGCUUCGUCUGUGCCCUGGCCCUGAUCUUCCUCCUAAAAAGGUUCCUUGGGAGGCACGGCCUUUUCCCCCCAAUUCCACGGGUCAAAGAUAAAUUGAAUGAAAACCACCAAGUCGCCGACCAGAUAGUCUGGGAGGAAUUCACACCAGGAGCAGGAAAAGGUGACAAUGAAGACAUCUUAACCGUAGAAGACGUCACAUAA